ACUCAUCUGUUUCCAUCAAGUGAAGUGUGUAGUUGACAAUUUCUGUCCGCUAAAUUUUCGAUAAUUUGUCAAGGAAUAAUUGUUCUUAGCUUCCUCGUUACUAGUUCAUGAAAAGCCAUAAAGUCAGUGAGAUCUAGCACGCGUCCAAAAUGUCAAAUGACGGCCCCACUAAACAAGAUAUCGAGCAAAUUUUCAAUAGACUUCGGGCGCAAAUAGCAAACAAGAGCUGCUUUGAUUGUGCUGCGAAAAACCCAACGUGGUCCUCCGUCACCUAUGGAGUCUUUAUUUGCAUAGAUUGUUCUGCCGUUCAUCGCAGCCUCGGCGUUCACUUGAGUUUUGUGCGCUCGACGAAUUUAGACACGAACUGGACAUGGGUGCAGUUGCGGCAGAUGCAAUUGGGCGGUAAUGCGAACGCCUCGCAGUUCUUCCGACAACACAACUGCAAUACAACGGACGCCCAGCAAAAGUAUAACUCCCGGGCCGCGCAGUUAUAUCGCGACAAAUUGCAAGCUGCGGCCAUUCAGGCUAUGAAAAUUCACGGAACGAAGUUGUUCUUGGAUACUCACUCAGACAAAAGUGAACACGAGACGAAAAACCACGAGGAGGACUUCUUCGCUGAGUGCUCAAAUGACAAUCACGAAUUUACCAAUAACAAUAAUAACAAUGAUAUUGAUAAUGAAGCUCCCACAGUCAAGUUGGUGGAGAUAGUACAAAAGGCCGAACCGAUACCUCCUGCUGCCUCGCUACUCUCUACCGAACAACCCAGCGUUGAUUUUCUAAACUCGCCCUCUCUCGCUGGACCUCCAAAAUCAAUCAUAGGUGUCAGGAAAAUUCAACCAAAAAGGGCAGGGCUUGGUGCUAGGAAGGGCGGAUUGGGUGCUACGAAAGUCAAGGCGAACUUUGAAGAUAUCGAACAUAGAGCGAGUUUGGCCGAUCAACAUAAAGAAAUAGUGCCUGAACGUAAGCUUUCCCCGGAGGAGGAACAGGAGACAGUUACCAGUGUUCGUUUAGCGUAUCAAGAUCUUUCCAUUAAGAAAAGCCAAGAGGAGGAGAAGUUGAAAGCUGUUGAUCCGGCAAAAGCUAAGCAGUUGGAGCGAUUAGGAAUGGGAUUUAAUUUGAAGGGAAGCGGCGUUUCACAUUCCGUGCUUACCGAUAUGCAAACUAUCACUCAAACCUCUGCACCGAAACAUAGUUUAAAAUCAUUCGAGAAGGAGCCAUCAACUGAUUUUUUCGAUGAAUACUCGACUCCAAUGUACACACCCACAUCGCCGAAGGUUGAUUCGGAGCUGAGUCAAAUGGGUUGGGAGACAAUUGAACCAAUUGAUAUGCAAUCAAAUAUUUCCACUAUGUUCUCGCCAUCCAAGCCAUCAAGCAUAAACGAGCAGCCUGGACGAAAAACAUUGAAAAGUGGACGAGAAAUUAAAACCUAUGAAAAUGAUACGGCUCAAAAGAAAUUCGGUAAUGCAAAGGGUAUUUCUUCAGAUCAGUUUUUCGGCAACGAGCAAUCGUCGAUUGAACGUGCGACUAAUUUAUCACGAUUCCAGGGCUCAAGUAGUAUUUCGUCAGCAGAUUAUUUCGGAGAUGGAUCUUCAUCAUCAAAUACAGCAUCACAUAGAGGUUUCAACAAUAUGAACUUCAAUGCUCCUGAUUUGGAAGAUGUUAGAGAGAGUGUUCGCCAGGGUGUCACAAAAGUAGCGGGUAAACUGAGUACGUUAGCGAAUGACGUCAUGUCCUCCAUACAAGACAAGUACGGAUACUGAUAAUCAACUAAGGUUUCUAGAGAGCUGAAUAAAUUUGGAACCGGGAAAAGUUCAAGAAGAUAUUGGAAAAAUAGAUAAAUACACGAGACAUGUAUAUCAGUAUCAGAACAAAAUUCUUUAAUUUUAAUAAGUGAAUGAAUAAUAGCGAAUAAAAAUAGACUUCUGAAAUGCAAAAUAUAUAUAUACAUAAAAAUGUUACAAAGGCCUGGUUCUAGUUCAUUACUACUUUACCGAUUGUGCACAUAAUGCCACGAGACGGGAUCCAAAAAUCCGAUUUUAAUUUUGCUUCCAUCACAUGAAUCAUGUGCACAAAGUGCCACAAUAAUUUAUUUCUAUUAUUUUUGUGUCUUCCCUUAAAUACGGGGCUAAAUAGCUUCACGUGAGCUGAAAUCGUUGGUAUUUUAUUUUUUGUUAUUGCAAGUGUUUCAUUUUUUUCUGAAAAACUUUACCUAUUGAUUUUUUUGCAAUUUUUAUUCUUUUUAAUUUUGGUUUGGUUUGCCCUAGCUAUGUAUAGAUGUGAAUGUAUGGGACAUGGACACCCUAUUAGAAUUUUUUUCAUCAAAAUCCCUUUAAUCGAUAUAUUGAUUCACGUAUUUUUUGAUUUAUAGAAAGUUUUAGCAAAUUAUGGAUAUUUUUCUAGUUGGUAUGAUUUAUUGGGGCACUUGAAUAUAAGAACUGUAAUAUAGUAGAAUUCUGUAAAUUAUUCCGGAAAAAGAUGUAAUACACAAAUAAAAUACAGACGAAUAUACAAGUAAAAGAU